GUCUUCCUCCUCCUGCCGAACCCCGACCUGCUUUCAUCGGCUCCGUGUUUACCGGAGGAGACGGCUGGAAUCCGCAGGCAUCCGCGGGAAUGUUGUUUAUGUCCCGGAAUAGUGUCUGCAUGUCGAGAAAAGUGUCUUUAUGUCUGUCCGUGGAGCUGUUGGUUUGUUUUAAGACCGCUUUGAAUAAAGUUUAGCUGUUAGCAUGUUAGCUGCAGUUUUCCUGUACUUCCAAUGGAAACUCAACAGAUGCCGUUAGCAUGUUAGCAUCCUGUUUCCGUUAGUUUUAAUGAAAGAGAGUGGCUGACGUUAGCUUAGCUUCAGCUCCCCAUGAGUUUUAGUAUGGAGGAAUCGCUAUUGUUAGCCUCGCUUUAGCUUCCUUUUAGUUUUAAUGAGUAGUGGCUACCGUUAGCUUAGCUUCUGCCUCCCAGUAGUUUUAAUGAGUAGUGGCUACCGUUAGCUUAGCUUCAGCCUCCCAGUAAUUUUAAUUAGUAGUGGCUACCGUUAGCUUAGCUUCAGCCUCCCUGUAGUUUUAAUGAGGGGAGUUGAACAGAGUCAGAAAUGUUUGUGCGAUUUCAGCCUCUUCAUUUGGACAGUUUGUGAGGAGCUUUGAAGUUAAGUAUAUAUGUAACGUUAAAUGGAAGGUCUUUAGUGGUUUUGACUCAGUUGCUUUAGUUUAGGGAUCAGAUUGUAAAGUCUGAGCAGAAAUUUGUGGACGUUUUGGAAGCUGCUGAUGAGUUUAGAAUCAGAAAUCCUUUAUUGAUCCUCAGUUUUUCCAGAAAACGUCUGAUAUUUCAGGAGUGUCUUUGAUGCUUUAUUUGUCUCCUGUUCAUUUCAUUUGAGACUGAAAGAUGUAGAGAUGGAAAUACUUUGUAAAGAUUUCAGCUGAAGUCCUCAGUGAUAACAUAAUGUGCAGCUAAUGUGGCUAAUGUUAGCUUUGAUCAUCAGAUCUAUGUUUAAAGUGUCCUGCUGAGGGACCUUCAGAGAUGUUAAACGUUAAUUUAAAGAAGGACCCGGGUUAGGGGCUCGGGGCUAACCCUAACUCUGGGUUCUUCUCUCCUGCUCCCUGUGCUCAUUAAACUGGGUUUUAACCCGGCUGAACUACAGUGAAGCUGCUCUCCUUUCCAGAUGUUUAUGUUGUCAAGCAGCAGAAUGAGGAUGAAACAGACAAACUCAUCCAGACAUGCUAACAUGCUAACCAGCGGUAGCUUGAUUUAAAUACAGAUUUUAUAACAUCGUCUGACAAUGCAGAGUUAAAAACAAACACUGAGAAUUUACACAGAUUUACUAUAAGAUGAUCCUCAGACAGAAUGUUAAAAGAUAGAAAACCUCAUUCUUCUGCCAAUCACAGACAGAGGGAGUCUUCUUCCUGAGGAGGGCGGGGCCACCAGCAGCUCAUUUAAAGCUACAGAUGAAGGACCAUGCAAUCAUCUUCCUCUCGUCCUGCUGUGUGAGAGGCAGACUGUGAACCAGGAUGGGCUUCGGUCGGGAUCUCAGGAAUUCCCACGAGGGAUUACUGAAGCUGCAGGACUGGGAGUUAAAGCUGCUGGAGACGGUGAAACGCUUCAUGACUCUGCGGGUGAAAAGCGAUAAAGAGUACGCCGCCCUUCUGCUCAGCAUGACUCAGCAAACGGAGAAACAGGAGACGGCAGACUUCGUCAGCACCGUCAACAAGUCGUGGUCACAGGUCGUUCGUCAGACAGAAGCGUUGGGGCGAAUAAUGAGGAGUCAUGCUGACGACCUGAACUCUGGCCCUCUACACCGCCUGGCCACGCUGAUCCGAGACAAGCAGCAGGUGAAGAAGAGCUACCAGAGUCUUCAUCAGCAGCUGGAGAGCCACAACCACAAGGUAACCAGGAGUGACCUGGAGAAGCUAAAGGCGACGUAUCGUCAGCUGAGCCGUGACGCAAACAACGCCAAGGAGAAAUAUAGAGAAGCUCUGGCCAAAGGCCGGGAGGCGGAGCGUGCUCGUGAGCGUUAUGACAAAGCGACAGCGAAGCUCCAUGUCCUCCAUAACCAGUACGUCCUGGCAGUGGUUGGAGCUCAGACCCAGCAGGACGACCACCGCAGGAACGCUGGCCCCGCCCUGCUGGACGGACUGCAGAGGAUGCAGGAGGACAUGACGCUGGCCCUUAAAAGUAUUCUGGAGGAGUACUGUGAGAUCAGCAGCCUGCUGACUGAGGAGGUGGUGAAGGUCCACCAGGAGAUCUCAGCAGCUGUCCAGCAGAUCGACCCUCUGACUGAAUACCAGCACUUUAUCGACGCCUACAGGUCUCCGGAGACUCCAGAGGCGAACGUGGAGUUCGAUGCGUCCCUAUUGGAGGACACGGACAACCUGCCGGCCAAUGAGCUGCUGUGGAACACACUAACAGCUGACAGCCUGCAGUCCAUCGUGUCAUCAGCAACGGAGGAACUGGCGCUGACUCAGCAGAACCUGCGGACCAAGGAGGCACUGGCCGAUGACCUCGAUGGAAAAAUCCAGAUGAGUCAGCAAAGCACCGAAAGGAAGAGCGACUGUGUCCUCCUGCUGAGUCAGAAAUUGUCCCUCCUUGAGCUCCGUCAAACCGUCCAAUCCCUGCGCAGCUCUGAGGCCUGUCUCUCCUCCCAGAAGGCCCUUCUGGACGCCAAGAUGGCCACCGCUGCCUCCCCUCCCCCACCACCACCUCCCCCUGCUCUACCAUAUGAAGACGACGCUCGCUCCGUGGGCUCCACCGACAAGUCGAAGGAACGUAGUUCUCGGUUCGACACUCUUCGUCAUUCUCUGGCGGGGAUGAUCCGUUCUCCUAAAGCAAUGCUGGGUUCUUCCACGUCGCAGUUCUUCGAUGUGAUCCCCACAUCAGAGCGCCCCCUGGCAGAGCAGGAGUGGUACCACGGAGCCAUCCCUCGCACCGAGGCCCAGGAGUUGCUACGGCAACAGGGAGACUUCCUGGUCAGAGAGAGUCACGGCAAACCGGGAGAAUACGUCCUGUCUGUGUUUUCUGAUGAGCAGCGGCGACACUUCAUCAUCCAGUACGCAGAUAGUCAGUACCGCUUCGAAGGGACCGGCUUCUCCACCAUCCCUCAGCUCAUCGAGCACCACUUCUCCACUAAACAGGUCAUCACCAAGAAGUCUGGAGUCGUGCUGGUCAACCCUGUUGUCAAGGACAAGAAAUGGAUCCUGAACCAUGAGGAUGUUCUGCUGGGAGAACUGCUGGGAAAGGGAAACUUUGGGGAGGUGUUCAAAGGGACGCUGCAGCGCGACAAAAUGCCGGUCGCUGUUAAAACUUGCAAAGAAGAUUUACCUCCUGAGCUGAAGAUCCGUUUCCUGUCAGAGGCCAGGAUCCUGAAGCAGUACGACCACCCAAACAUUGUGAAGCUGAUUGGUGUUUGUACGCAGCGUCAGCCUAUCUACAUCGUCAUGGAGCUGGUUCCUGGUGGAGACUUCCUGUCCUUUCUGAGGAAGAGGAAGGACGAGUUGAAGACGAAGCAGCUGCUGCGCUUUGCUGUCGAUGCUGCAGCAGGGAUGGCUUACUUGGAGAGCAAGAACUGCAUCCACAGGGACCUGGCAGCCAGGAACUGCCUGGUGGGGGACAGCAGCGUGUUGAAGAUCAGCGAUUUUGGGAUGUCUCGUCAGGAGGACGACGGAGUUUAUUCUUCAUCUGGACUCAAACAGAUUCCCAUCAAAUGGACCGCACCUGAGGCCUUGAACUACGGCCGCUACAGCUCGGAGAGCGACGUGUGGAGCUACGGCAUCCUGCUCUGGGAAACCUUCAGUCUGGGGGUGUGUCCUUAUCCUGGGAUGACCAAUCAGCAAGCCCGAGAGCAGGUGGAGAAAGGUUACAGGAUGGCAUGUCCUCAGCGUUGCCCUGACGAUGUGUACAAAGUGAUGCAGCGCUGCUGGCAGUACAACCCCGAGGACCGACCCAAGUUCUCUGAGCUGCAGCGGGACCUGGCCGCCAUAAAGAAGAAGUGAUGUCACCAGCAGGAAAUGAUGUCACCAGCAGGAGACACUUUUAUUUAUGUUUAUAAGAAAGGGGCAUGACCAGUAAGUGGGCGUGGCCACCGAGUGGGCGUGGUUUUAGUAUGCGUCUUCACUCAGCUCAUCACUAACAUGGAGAUAGAAAUUAAUUAAAAAUUUAUUUAAAUUAAUUAAUUUAAAUUUACUAAAGUUUGAAUUAAUAAUUUAUUCAAAUUUAAUUUCAAAUUAAAUUCAGUUACAGCAGAAAACUGUAAACAAACACUAAAAGAGAAAACAAACUGAAAAAACAGUAAACAAAAUGUAAACAGACACUUAGAGUAAAACUGUAAACACAGAAAAACACUAAAACAGCAGACAAGCAAAGACAAACUGUAAACAAACACUGAAACGUCAUGCACUAAACAGUAAACAAACAGUAAGCAAACAGUAAAUAAACAGUAAACAAGCUUCAGCUUUAAUUUUCAACUCUUUCCAAAAUCGGGACAAACUGUGAGGAUGUUAAGCCACGCCCCCUUCAUGCCACCUGACCUGUAACCAUGGUGACAGAUCCUUUUCAUUGUGGACCAAUCAGCCCUUAACACUAAAGUUUUUUUUUUUUUAAUCUUUACUGAUUUUUUAUGUUUAUUUAUUGUUUUUAUUAGUUUAUGAUCUGAGCUGUCACUCUUCCCAGACCACGCCUACCUGAAGCCUUAUUUCGACCAAUCAGUGAACGCCACCAAAAACCAGUUAAAUUAAAACAUCACCAGCACUUUGUUUAUCUACUGGUUGUCAUGGUAACUGAACUAUGAGUCCUGAUUGGUCAGCAUCACUUCCUGGACUGUGUGAGGGCGGAAUCUGAAUGUCAGAGCUGUUACUGUAAAUAAACACUAAUAGUCUGUUUGUGUUUUCUAUUUGUUUAAGCUCUUUAUAAAGUUAUUAUCGUUUAUUAUGAAAAUAAAACAUACAAAGUGAAAAUAAACAGAAAAUAUUUCCAGUA